AGGGACGUCGACGUGCGGCGUUUGAGGGCGACUUGAAUCACUUCCGUUCUUUUGUUUACCGCUGUGCAGUGUGCACUACAUUUGUAAAUGCUUUCAAGAAAGGUUUUACUGAAGAUCUUUAGAAGGUGACAAAGCUUUGAUGGUGGCAUCUUAAUACCCCUUUUUCAGCUGCCGUGAUACAACGAUCAUCAUUCUAAGAUACCAUGCCUCGACCAGUGAGGCAGAAUGCCGGUUCCCCUGGCAAGAAUGCUGUGACCUGUCCCAUAUGUGGACGGCACUGCAGCCCCUCGACCAUCAAUGCCCAUCUAGACAAGUGCUUGUCAUCCAAGGAUGAUUCUUCCCCGCCAAGGAAGAGAUCGAAGCAGGACUCCUACGCGGAAAGUGAAAAUGACGUUGAGACUGAACCGGUACACCAGCCGGGCCAGCUCAAUGCAGAGUGGGCCGCGAUUCUAAAGAAUCAAACCAAGGAGGAGAAGAAAACCCCCAAAUCUGAAAAGAAGAAGAAGGAGAAGAAAAAGUCAAAGAAGGAUUCCACUCAAUCGAGUAGUGGAGAUGGACUGAGCACUCCCAAAAAGACCAAGUCUGAAAAGGGGGCCAAAUCAGAGAAAAGUAGUGCCAAGAAGGAGAAACGGGAGAAGUCGGUCAAAGGAGAGAAGAAAAAGAAACGCAAAAGGAAACACAAAGAUAAGGGUGAUGACGACGAUGUGUUUGACUUUGAUGCUGAUGAGAUGGAGGGGGCAAAAAAGAAAGUAUCGUCGACGGACGGCACCCCUAACAAAGCAACAACUCCUUCCAAGAAAACAACUCUGAACGAUAAAAACGCCACUCCUACUCAUAAAAAAUCCCCUGCUUCACAUCAGUCACCUAAAAAGUCAUCCAUUAAGUCCCCCUUUGUCAGUUUAUCGCCAAAACAAGCUAGCCAGUCUUUCUGGGCACGGCAGAAUGCACAAUCAAUGAGUCCAAACUAUCAAGCAAUGAAAUUCAGUGCCCAAACGCCACCGGGCAUUGGAAAAGCAACAAUCCAGACGCCACCAACGGCAAAGACAAAUGCCCAGUCACCGACACCGCAGAGCACAAAGCCCACAUUUGGGGCGACGCCCUCUCAGCCACGCCCUGAUUUUCGUCCCCUUGCUGAAAGAAUGCGGCCUUAUACUAUGGACACUCUCAUAGGUCAGAACAAGGCCCUUGGUGCUACAGGGACACUUCGUCGCCUCCUGGACGUUGGUAACAUUCCUUCCAUGAUCUUCUGGGGACCGCCUGGGUGUGGAAAAACUUCACUGGCCAAUGUCAUAGCGAGACAGGCCAAGGUGAGAAACACUCAUCGUUUCAUCACGUUCUCGGCGACGACGAGCAACGUGUCGGACGUCAAAUCUGCCGUGGAGAUUGCACGGAAUGAACAACGCAUGUACAGGAGGAAGACAAUUCUUUUCAUCGAUGAGAUCCAUCGAUUCAAUAAAACUCAACAGGACACAUUUUUGCUGCACGUUGAAAACGGCACCAUCAUCCUGAUCGGAGCAACGACCGAGAACCCCUCGUUCCGGGUGAACAGCGCCCUCCUGAGUCGAUGUCGUGUAGUGGUGCUUGAGAAGCUCAGUCCCGAGAGCAUCAUGCUGAUCUUAGAGAGGGCGCUAAAGGAAGGUCAGGUCGGCAUUGUUGAGGAUCCCCUGGUAGCAGACGCCAUGCCAAACUCCGAUAAGGAGAGCACCACCAUUUCUAUUGAGAGAGAAGCGCUAUGCCUUCUUGCCAACCUGUGCGACGGUGACGCACGCUCAGCACUCAACUCCCUUCAGAUGGUCCUGGACGUGGCCAAGGGGUCAACAGGAGGUCAACAGGCUGAUGCUUCCAAGGUUCUAAGGUCAAGUGUCAUCACCAUCGACCAGAUCAGAGACAGCUUGCAGAGGUCACAUAUCAGUUAUGACAAAUCAGGUGAGGAACACUACAACUGUGCCUCUGCCCUUCAGAAGUCCAUACGAGCCUCUGAUGCCAACGCUGCGGUCUACUGGCUGGGGCGCAUGCUUGUCGGAGGCGAAGACCCCCUCUACAUUGCCAGGAGGCUCGUGGUCUGUGCCAGUGAAGAUAUUGGUAUGGCUGAUUCCCAAGCUCUCGUCCAGGCUACAUCAACAUAUCAAGCCUGUCAAACUAUUGGCAUGCCAGAAUGCGAGCUGAACCUUGCCCACUGUGCGAUCUACCUUUCAAGGGCGCCCAAGUCGCGCCAGGUGGCCACCGUCUACGCCCGCGUCAAGGACUGCCUCAAGAACCACCAGGGCCCCACCCCUCCCAUACCCCUCCACCUGCAGACCCCCGCCACCAAGUACCAGCUGGUUCGUAACACCCUGGGUGGGUGGGGCAAGGGGCGGGUCAUGGCAGGGGGGUACGAGGGGCACAUGCCAGAGAGCUUAGCAGGACUCGAUUUCUUCUCCAUGUCAACGUAGAAGCUACGGAGAAGUACUUUUUUAGCGGCGGACGCGCAGGGAUGCCAUUGACAUGUGGUGCUAGAGUUGAGGGAGGUAUAUGAUAGGGUUAAAUAAGAGUAGGUUCAGGGCCCCAAUUCACAAAACUUGUCAUCAGUGACAAAUGACAGUUUUUGUUAUAAGCUACUGAAAUUCUUGCUUCUGAUUGGUUUAUCAGCAGAUUUGUCACUGAUUUUUGUCAUUUGUCAUUGAAAAAAGGCUUUGUGAAACCGGUCCCAGGACAUGUUCUAUGGAAAUUAAGCAUGACUACAAGCUUCUUCAAGUUUCUGAUUGGAAUGUAUUUUUGACAAUUUUUUUUU